AUGGUUCCGGAACUUGCACAGAGAGUGCUCGAGGAGUACACCAGCUGCCGAGAGCUCGAGCACUUCGAGUUGGACCAACUGCGUGGUCUAGGCCGUGGGUACUCGACUGUAACAUUCAAGGUUGCGGGCUUCCCGGCGCAGACGCUGUUCUUCCGUAACUCAUUACAGAGGCGUGCGGAGAUGGGAGAGGAGGGUUGUGUGGAGCUCAAGCAUGCACCUUGUUGCUUCAUUUUCUCUCUCUGCCCCUUAUCCUUGCCUCCCUCUGCCUGUCCCUCCCACCCACACACAGGAGAGGGACAGAAGAGGGCGGACAGAGGAGCGAAGGGGAGUGAGGAGCUCAAGCAUGCACCUUGUUGCCUCAUUUUCUCUCUCUGCCCCUUAUCCUUGCCUCCCUCUGCCUGUCCCUCCCACCCACACACAGGAGAGGGACAGAGGAGGGCGGACAGAGGAGCGGAGGGGAGUGAGGAGCUCAAGCAUGCACCUUGUUGCUUCAUUAUCUCUCUCUGCCCCUUAUCCUUGCCUCCCUCUGCCUGUCCCUCCCACCCACACACAGGAGAGGGACAGAGGAGGGCGGACAGAGGAGCGGAGGGGAGUGAGGAGCUCAAGCAUGCACCUUGUUGCCUCAUUUUCUCUCUCUGCCCCUUAUCCUUGCCUCCCUCUGCCUGUCCCUCCCACCCACACACAGGAGAGGGACAGAGGAGGGCGGACAGAGGAGCGGAGGGGAGUGAGGAGCUCAAGCAUGCACCUUGUUGCCUCAUUUUCUCUCUCUGCCCCUUAUCCUUGCCUCCCUCUGCCUGUCCCUCCCACCCACACACAGGAGAGGGACAGAGGAGGGCGGACAGAGGAGCGGAGGGGAAUGAGGAGCUCAAGCAUGCACCUUGUUUCUUCAUUCUCUCUCUCUGCCCCUUAUCCUUGCCUCCCUCUGCCUGA